GCACAUCUCAGGAGCAGAUCCUGAGCUGACAGAUAAAUUACAAGCUGUGGACUCGUCAGAAAAGACGUUCUGUCUAUUUGCUUUUUUUUUGUUUUGUUUUUGUUGUUGUUUUUUUUUGUCUUGUUUUGUUUCUUUGUUUUGUGUUUUUUUAUCAGAGAUCGUGAUCGCAAGAACAAGAGCGAAGAAGAAUAUAGCUAAGCUGCUGAACGAGGAAUGAGUGGAAAGAGUGCAGUUCGUUUAUGGACAGUCAAACUAGAGUUGUAGGUGUGUGUGUGUGUGUGUGUGUGUGUGUGUGUGUGUGUGUGUGAGAGAGAGAGAGAGAGAGAGAGAGAGAUCUCAGAGCUUCACACCUCACGGCACAAUGAGACGAGUGAAGACAGAGACUGUUCACGUGUAACGAGAGAAUCCAUGUGAGAUUAGAGCUCUGGCCGUCUGGUUUCUUCUCACUCCCAGCCGAGGUACAGGAGAAACGGCCGCUUGUGCUUUUGCCUCAGUUUUGGUUUUGCGUUAAAGUGUGUGUGUGAGAGAGUGACAGAGGGGGAAAGAGGGGCAUUUUGGAUUGUUGUGAUCACACUGCGUGACCCGGGUCAGGAUGCAGGUGUCGUUCGUGUGCACCGACCACCGCUCCAUGAGCCGCAGCACAGACGAGCGCAUGAACCGGCAGAACGCCAGCAGCCCGAACGCCGGCACGCGCAGCAAGUUCAGAGCCGUUGCCAUGGUGGCACGCAGCCUCGGACAACUGUCCGUCCAGAGCGUGCCGUCCUCCAGCGACCAGAGCAUAAGAACCGGCAUGAAGUAUAGAAAUCUCGGGAAGUCUGGAUUGAGGGUGUCGUGCCUGGGGUUAGGAACAUGGGUGACGUUCGGGGGUCAGAUCACAGACGAGAUGGCCGAACAGCUGAUGACUCUGGCGUACGAGAACGGGAUCAAUCUGUUCGACACGGCUGAGGUCUACGCUGCAGGAAAGGCUGAGGUGGUGCUGGGUAACAUCAUAAAGAAGAAAGGAUGGAGGCGUUCCAGUUUAGUGAUCACCACAAAAAUAUUCUGGGGUGGAAAAGCAGAGACUGAACGAGGACUUUCCCGGAAGCACAUAAUAGAAGGUUUAAAAGCGUCCCUGGAGAGACUGCAGUUAGACUACGUAGACGUGGUGUUCGCCAACAGACCCGACCCCAACACGCCCAUGGAAGAGACGGUGCGAGCAAUGACCCAUGUGAUCAAUCAGGGAAUGGCGAUGUACUGGGGCACUUCCCGCUGGAGUCCCAUGGAGAUCAUGGAAGCGUACUCUGUGGCACGACAGUUUAACCAGAUCCCCCCGAUCUGCGAGCAGGCCGAGUAUCACAUGUUCCAGAGAGAGAAGGUUGAAGUGCAGUUGCCCGAACUCUUUCAUAAGAUCGGCGUAGGCGCAAUGACGUGGUCUCCGCUGGCCUGUGGGAUCAUCUCAGGGAAAUACGACAGCGGCGUUCCACCGUACUCUCGCGCCUCUCUCAGGGGCUACCAGUGGUUGAAGGACAAGAUCUUGAGCGAGGAAGGCCGGCGUCAGCAGACGAAGCUGAAAGAGCUGCAGGCCAUCGCCGAGCGGCUGGGGUGUACGCUGCCACAGCUCGCCAUCGCGUGGUGCCUAAGGAAUGAAGGAGUCAGCUCCGUGCUCUUAGGAGCCUCCAACACGGAACAGCUGAUGGAGAAUAUAGGAGCGAUACAGGUCCUUCCGAAGCUGUCGUCCUCCAUCGUGCACGAAGUGGACAGCAUACUGGGGAACAAGCCCUACAGUAAAAAGGACUAUCGCUCAUAGUGUGUGUGUGUGUGUGUGUGUGUGUGUGUGUGUGUGUGUGUGUGUGUGUGUGUGUGUGUGUGUGUGUGUGCGUGCGUGUGUGUGUGUGUUGCCCAGAGGCCACCCUGCACUGAGCCCUUUGCCUGUUCCUCUGUUUGCUUGAGCUUUUACUUGAAUGAGUAAGCAGCAGCGCAUGACACCGGCAGGUGCACCCACAUACACAGGGAAUAAUCAAGAGAAAUAUCAAAAAAAAAUACACACAAAAAAUAUAAAGAUUAAUAUUAACAAAAAGAGAAAAAGAAAGAGCUAGAUUUACCUCCCUGGGAGGAUUAUUAAAAGUUCAUCAAAGAAGAAGGAGAAAGAGGCAAAAAAUAAAUAAAUAAAUAGCACACGCUUGCUUUGGCUGCAGGAAAUACUCGGUUUUCCUCUGCGCAUUGUUUUUGAUACUCGACGCAUAUCUGACCAAAAAUAAAAACGUAUGUAAAAGAAAAGAAAAUAGAAUGAAUGAAUGAAUGAAUGAAUAAAUAAAUAAAUAAAUAAAUAAAUAAGAAAAUGCAGUGCUUCAUUUGAUCUAGACGAUCGGUUCAUGAUUAGUUGCACAUCUCCCGUAGUCACUCAUGAGGUCCGUCUCUCCGAAACCAUUCACUGUGUCGUCUGCGUCACGAUUGCACACCCCACCCCCACCCCCCGAGCAGAUGAGCCAAUCAGCACUUUAAGAGUCCAUGUGAGGGAGUGGCUAUGGGAGGCACGGCGUUUAAACAGAAAUACGAGCUUCAUCUUUUUGUUUUUGGUGGUUGUUGUUUUGUUUCCCUGAAGUCCAGUGGCAUCAGAGCAGCAGCAGCGAUCAUGAUGUUAUGGGAUUAUUUCUCAAAUCCGGUUUGCUGUGUUUCUGUGCUACUGGAACUGUUUUUGUGUAUCUGCUGACCUGGCAGACUGUCGAGUGGCGUUAUAUACCGGAGCGUCACGUCACGUGUGUGUGUGUGUGUGUGUGUGUGUGUGUGUUUGUGUUUAAGUACAUACAGUACGAGCGCAUGCGGUCUCUCACUCCUAGACGCCGGACGUUAACGUUUACGAUCCGGCGUCAUUAACGUGGCUAAAGCCAAAGAUAUAUCCCAGCUUCGUCUGUAACGUCUCACUGUAUCUCCCCCCGUCUGAAACUAACAAACCAUUUAACAGCAUGUUCUCCUUGUUAUUUACUUACUCUAUAUCAUACACCAUAUAUCUCUCCUCCCGAGUGUAUGUACUCACUCCGGCCCAAACGCCUAGCCGUAUCGAUAUAAACACGUAUAUACAGUACAUUCGCUCCCCAACAUGUUAGUGAUGUCAUGACACUUUUACUAUACCGUAAAUAAACCCACAGCCGAAUUCGAACACGAAGGAAAACGACUAACAAAAAAAAAAAAAAACGAUUCUUUAUGAAACCUAACGAAAACUUUAACCCCAAACUGCACGUGUUCCAUUUACACCCCCCCCCAAAAGCAUGCGCUCUGUCUCUUCAGCCGUUACAUCACUGUAAAAUACGCAGACGUACCAUUUUUACUUUCUUUCUUUUCUUUCUUAUGUAUAAUUUUAUUUGCGUACGUCGCAAUCUUUCACCAGAACCGUCGGCCCCGUGUCACGUGGACAGAAUUUAUUUUAGAGUUAAAUCGGUAGAGUUUAAAACUAGACGAAGGUCGAUAUCGGGUUAAAAACGAUUAGUACGAAUAUUAGAGUAGAUAAAGACUUAAGUCAGAUCUUUUAGCUCGUCGUUUAGUUUAGUUUUAGACGGUACACAUCACUGUGCUCCAUGCAGUAGAUCCUCCUGCUGUGUGUGUUUGACUUUUUAGGACGUCGUGAAAGUCGUUACAAAAGAAAAAGAUGUUUGAUGUAUUAAUGUCUCUUUUUUUUUUAUUUGUGGAAACGUCAAACGUCUCGUUUGUUUGUACUUUUUAUGGCGUCGCCCUGUUUCUAUGUUAGAGAUUCUCUCAGGAAAGAAGGGCAUUACUGUGUGUUAGUCUGCGGUGGGACAGUUAGUACAGCGUUCUGUCGCGCACUAGCGCCACACGUGGUCACGAGCGAGUACUGCAUCCGGAGACGAUAAAGAUCUAAUAAUUAUAAUAAUACUAAAAAAAAAUGUCAUCAGUGGUACACGCUUACUGUCGAUCUCGUUCGCUAAGGAAACGUCUUGUGCUCCUCAUCUCCCGAAGUAAAACCAGACAGGACGGUGUCUUUCCCAGAACAGUGCUUUAAUGUUUCUACAUGAAACGUAUUACGUUCUUGUACCCAGAGUGCAAAUGGUGAAAGCAUGGCUUUUUUUUUUCUUUUUCUUUUUCCUCCUUUAUAAACGCGUCACCGAAACCAGACCUGUGGAUCGACGAAGAUCCACGGCUUUUAAGCACCAUCUGCUAUUUGCUGAGAAAUCAUUUAUGUUUAGUAUUUUUGAGCCUACGGCAAGGUUGAAAGAGAAAAGAAGGAAAAAAAAACAGGGGAUUUUAUUUUUUUAGCAUUCUUCGUUGCCCUGAUUUGUUAUUUACAUGAUGAUGAUGAUGAUGAUGAUGAGCAUCUAUUUGCACUGAAUAUGCAUUUUGAAGAACUCUGUAUAAUGUAUACAACGGCAAGCUUACAUCUCCACCAGUGUGUGGAGAGAUACUGUAUGUCCACACAGAUAUCUGUAUAUAGUUUGACCUUUGUACAUAUAUACAUAUAAAUGGUUGUGAUCACUUUGGCCUUUUAUUUCUCUCUCUUUUUUUUCUUUCUUUCUUUUUUUUCAUUGGCAGACAUUGCUAACUGCAUUGUGCUUGAAUUGGAAUUUAGAAAUGUACAGCUUCAGUAUCUAUGAAAUGGAAAUUAUAAAAUAUUAAUGAUUGAA